GACCCUACUGUAACACGUGCUCUUCACUCACCAUUCUAUUUCCGUACAAUGAAAUUUCUAGGAAUUGUUGCAAAUCUAGUAGCUGCUAAGAAGGAGGAAAAACUGCAAUAAUUUGUAACAGAUUUAACCAUGCUGUCUUCAAGGGUUCUACAGAGAAUCACAGGUGCUUCUUCUCAGAAUUUCCAGUCAAAGUUUGCCAUCAGAACCAUGGCAUAUGGCUACAGCAGGACAAAGAAAAAACUUCCUGUCAACACUGUGGUUAAAUUUGUUCCUCAGCAAGAGGCUUGGAUAAUUGAAAGAUUUGGUAAAUUUAACAGAAUCUUGGAACCAGGUCUUGCUAUUCUCCUUCCAGUUAUUGAUGAUAUUAAAUAUGUGCAAAGCCUAAAGGAAAUCGCCAUUGAAAUUCCUUCACAGUCUGCCAUCACACUUGAUAACGUCACUCUUCAUCUUGAUGGUGUGUUGUAUCUGCGAGUGGUUGAUCCAUUCAAGGCUUCAUAUGGAGUGGAAGACCCAGAGUAUGCUGUGACGCAGUUGGCUCAGACGACCAUGAGGUCUGAAUUGGGUAAAAUAAGUUUAGAUCAUGUCUUUCAAGAACGAGAAAGACUGAAUCACAACAUAGUAGAGGCCAUCAACCAUGCUGCUGAAGUUUGGGGAAUAAGAUGCUUGAGAUAUGAAAUCCGGGAUAUUCAGCUUCCAAACACAGUAGUUGAGGCUAUGCAAAUGCAGGUGGAAGCUGAGAGGAUGAAACGUGCUGCAGUGUUGAAAUCAGAAGGUGAAAGAGAAGCCGCCAUCAAUGUCGCAGAAGGAAAAAAACAAAGUCAGAUUUUAGCAUCUGAAGCAAGGAAGAUGGAACAGAUAAACAUUGCUACUGGUGAAGCGAAUGCAAUUGUUGCAAAGGCGACAGCUCGCGCGGAAGGAAUUGAAAAAGUCUCUUUGGCCCUUCAACGGCAGUUAGGUGAGAGAGCAGCUACGCUCAAUGUCGCUGAACAGUACGUAAACGCAUUCUCUAAUCUGGCUAAAACAAACAACACGGUGGUGUUACCAGCUAAUGUGGGAGACGCGGGUUCAAUGGUGGCACAGGCUUUGGCGGUUUAUGGCCAGGUCACAGGGAAGCCUAAGAAUGACCCCCCACCCCCUUCCGGUGGGUUAACCGAUUCUUCAACAGAUAGUGCGAGCGCAGGCGGCGACCAAACACAGAAGGGAGGUGACGGGGACACGCAAAAAGACAAAUCGUCUGCUUCUGCUGCAAGAGAUUUUCGGCAAGUCGAGGGUUCUCCAGCGGAUUCACACAUGAGAUGGAACCCAGUCUCUUCAAGAUCACAUUUCACUGCGGCUUCUUCACCAACUCGCGCACGGGACUUUUCAUGAAUUAACAAUUAGUCUAUCCCGCGUUGCUCACGCAAUUUCAUCAAGAAAUCGAGCAUAAAGCAGAACUGCCAUGAACCCGUUCACGCUGACUUUAUGCGCUACAUUUGAAUCAAAUUUUUCAGGCGCAAGCUAAAUAAAGGUCAUUAUUGAAGGA